CAGGAGGAAGAAAUGGAGAUGAUGACUGAGAAACAGAGAGAUACUAGGUAUUUCUGGAACAGUACUGAAAAAAGCGAUUAUGAGGCUGUAGAAGCCCUGAUUUCUAUGAGUUGCAACUGGAAAUCAGACUUGAAAAAACAUGUAGAAAUGAGACCUAUAACUCCAGCAUCUGAUAUGUCAGAAGAGAGUGACGAGACUUUGCUUCCCGGAGCAGUGGACUUCAGCACGAUACCAGCAUUUUGCCUGACCCCUCCCUAUAGUCCUUCUGACUUCGAGAUGUCACAGGUGGUCCAUCCGGCAACACCGGCGCUCAGCAAGUCGCUGGCAGAGGCUGCCAAGCCUCCUGUGGCUGUACCUCGGAGAGAGGUGGAGAGGCCUCCAGCAGCUGGACCUCUGAAAGCUCAAGCAACGAGCGUUAUCCGCCACACGGCUGAUGCCCAGCUUUGUAAUCGCAAAACCUGCCCGGUGAGAACCGCCAGCGUGCUGAAAUACCAGGACAGUGUUUCGAGGGAAGAGAACGGUAAACAAAAGGCCGAAGCAGAACAUCCGGUGUGUUCCGCCGUGGUGCCGAGCAGAGCCAGCAAUGAAAGCGGUGAACUGCCGGUGACAGAAGGAAAGACCGCAGAGCCAGCUAUCAGUCCAGUGCCCUUGACGAAGCCCUCAGUCAGCAGCCGUCAGCCUAUCCCGGGAUCGGCACAGCAGUCAGCGGCGCUGGCACCGCCAUGCCCUGCCCAGGGCGGUGGGGCUCCCCCUGUGCCAGUGAUUUGCCAGAUGGUCCCGCUGCCCGCAAGCAACAAUGUCGUGACGGCCGUAGUGCCCACCACCACACCAAGCCAGCCGCCAUCUCUCUGUCAGCCCAUGGUCUUCAUGGGCACCCAAGUUCCCAAAGGUGCUGUGAUGUUUGUUGUGCCCCAGCCAGUUGUGCAGAACACAAAGGCUCCCGUUGUUAGUCCGAAUGGCACGAGACUCUCUCCCAUUGCCCCUGCUCCCGGCCUCCUACCUUCUGCAGCAAAACCCACUCCUCCAGUUGAUUCUUCAAGAAUAAGAAGUCACAUUUGCAGUUACCCAGGAUGUGGGAAGACGUACUUCAAGAGCUCCCAUUUGAAGGCUCACGUCAGAACACACACAGGAGAAAAGCCGUUUAGUUGUAGUUGGAAAGGCUGCGAGAGGAGGUUUGCGCGGUCUGAUGAACUGUCUCGCCAUCGCAGAACGCAUACCGGGGAGAAGAAGUUUGCCUGCCCGAUGUGUGAGCGGCGGUUCAUGAGGAGUGACCACUUAACGAAGCAUGCGCGUCGCCACUUAUCAGCUAAGAAGUUACCAAACUGGCAAAUGGAAGUGAGCAAGUUGAACGAUAUUGCUGUGCCGCCAACACCUGCAACUGCGCAGUGA